UUAGUUCUGCUUUUUUAGAUAACUUCCAAACAAAACAAAACGAACAAUCCGUUAUAAUAGUCAUGGGUGGUGAAAACUGGUGGGGAAACAUGGGAGGUCCCGUACAAAAGGGAAUAGUCACCUACUCAGUUUCUUCAUUUCAACAACGUGCAUUCGCUGGUGCUUUAAAAUAUGGGAUAUUUAAUGUUUUCCGCCGUACAAUGUCUCAGGCUCCUUACGUUGGACCUCCCAUAAUCUUUGGUUAUCUUAUUUAUUCUUCUUAUACAAAGAAACAUGAAUUUUUACAUUCUAAAGCUGGUAAAGAAGAAUUAGCGAAAUAUGGUUAAAAAUAUUUUCUAUUUAUGACCAGCGCGUAAUGUAUCCUCAUCUUUCUUAACAUGUAAGCAAGUAUUAGUUAGUAAUUUAUGAAUAAAAAAAUCGAGUUUCCCGUUCUUUUUUUCUUGCAUAAAUGAUUGAACAUAUCUCAAAGUACUAAAUCCCAAAAAAAGCUUUUUUUACAAAUUACAAAAAAAAAUGUAUUGUUUUUAAGAA